AUGAAUUAUAAUAUAAGUAUAAAUAAUUGUGAUUUACCAAGUAACAAUAACAAUAACAACAAUAAUAAUAAUGAAAAUAAAAUAAUUGACCAUUUAAUAAUUACAGUUCAUGGUAUUGGUAAACAUGAAGAAAAAUGGAAUGAAAAAAUUAUAAAAAUUAAUCAAACUUAUCAAAAUGUUACAAAAAUAACAGAAAGAAAUAAGAAUUGUAAAUUCAUAGGUCUUGAAUGGCAUUCAGGAGUUCAUAAAAAGACAGAUGCAUUUAUAAAGAAAGUUACACCAAACACUAUUCCAGUUGUACGUGAAUUGAUAAAUCAUACAUUAUUAGAUAUAUUAUUAUUUACAAGUCCAACAUUUAGUCAACAUAUCUAUAGUGAAGUUGGUAAUAAAUUGAAUCAAAUCUAUAGGGAUUUCUUAGCUGCAAAUCCGACAUUCAAAGGUAAAGUAUCAAUUCUAGCCCAUUCACUAGGUUCAAUGAUUUGUUACGACAUACUCUGUCAUCAAUUAACCUCAAUAUCAAAGAUUGACUCUUCAACUGAUUCAACCACCUCCAACUAUCAAUAUGAUUCCACCAAUCAUAUUGAUAAAGGUAAUAUCUACUAUUGGAGAAAAUUUAAAGAUGAACAAAAAUUACAACAAAAAUUACAACAACAACAACAAAAUAAUCAUAAAAAACAAAAACAAUUAAAUAAAUUAGAAAAACAAAAAUUAAAACAACAACAACAACAACAACAACAACAUAAGCUAAAAGAUGAUUAUAGUAGUGAUGAAGAAACUGAAUCAGAUAUUGAUGAAAUUGAUGUUGAAGAGGAAUUAAAGAAUAGUUUAUUAUCAAUUAAUUUUCCAAAAUUAGAAUUUGAUGUUUUCAAUCUUUAUUGUAUUGGUUCACCAAUUGGUUUAUUUUGUACAGUUAGAGGUCAUCAAUCAAUUGAUAUACCAAGUUGUACAAAUCUUUAUAAUAUUUAUGAUCCAUCUGAUCCUGUUGCUGCAUUAUUAGAACCUUUAAUUGAUGAAGGUUUUCAAGAUGCUGGUGAAUCUUUAGCUCCUCAUUUUAAAAAAUCAAAACUUGUAAAUAAACUUCAAAAUAAUAAUAAUAAUAAUAAUAAUAACAAUAGUGUAUCAACACCAUCAAUUCAAAAUUCAAUUGAAUUAACUACAGCAACAACAACAACAACAACAACAGCAAAUGUAUCUUCAAAUUCUUCAUUUUCAAAUAAUAAUAAUACUAGUACUAAUAAUAAUACUAAUAAUAACUAUAAUAAUAAUACUAAUAAUACAACAACAACAACAACAAGUAGUACAACUACCAGUAUGCUUUCAAAACUUACAAGUAAACUUAAUUCUGUAAUUAAUAAAAAUUCAACACCAACACCAAUAACUACUAAUACUACAAAUACAAAUAAUACAACAUCAACAUAUAAUAAUUAUAAUUAUAAUUAUAAUAAUAAUAAUAAUGAAAUAAUACCAAAUAAUUCAGCAUUACAAUUAACAACACAAAAACCAAUACCAUCACCAUCAUCAAAUGUAAACGUAUUAGUUGAGGAAACUGAAAUGUUAUCAUUUGAUGGUGCAUCUUCAACAUCAAUGAAAAGGAAUCAAAGUUUUAAUGGUUCUUCUUUUCCAUCAUCAGAUAGUGAAUUUGAUGAUGAAUCAAGUGAAAGAAGUGAAAAAAGUGAUAGAUCAUCCUACAAUCUUUAUAUUGAUAGUCAACAAUUAGAUUCUAAAAAAUCAUCAUUAAAUACUCCAAAUAAACCAUUACCUUUAACACCAUCAAAUAAUAUUAAUAAUAAUAAUAAUAAUAACAACAAUAAUAAUAAUAACAAUAAUAAUAAUAAUAAUAAUAAUAAUAAUAAUAAUAAUAAUAAUAAUACCAAAUAUUUUGGUGGAUAUAGAUUUGAUUACAAAUUAAAACAAACUGGUGUAUUUUCAUCAUUCUCUGAUUAUAGUUCAGUUUUAAAUGCUCAUAAAUCAUAUUGGUUUUCAAAUGAUGUUAUGUACUUUAUAUCUGAAAGACUAUCAUCAAAUGAUAAUAAUUAA